AUGCCAAUCAAAAGAUUUAAAAAAAUCCUCGAAAACCUGCAUUUGAAUAAUAAUGAGCAAACGCCUCAAAGAGCUGCAACAAAUUUUGAUAAAUUAUUCAAAGUAAGACCAAUACUGGAUUUGCUGAAUAUUGCAUGUCAGCGAGAAGCGAAAACAACAUCGUCACAAUCAAUAGAUGAAUCGAUGAUUCGAUUCAAGGGACGUUCAACACUAAAACAGUACAUGCCCUUCAAACCCAUCAAGAGAGGAUACAAAGUUUGGGUAAGAGCUGAUAGCAAAACUGGUUAUGUUUACGAAUUUAGCAUUUACACUGGUAAACGUGAAGACCAAGCUCCUGAAGUCGGUCUAGGAAUCAAAGUAGUGAAAUCUCUCACAUAA